UAUGGUGUGGCGCCAAUGUGGAGUGGUAUUCGAGAGCGCGAGCUCGGGGCACCGCCAUGGCGCUACGCUGCUUCUGUUCGCCGGAUGAGAUCUCGCGCAUUGGAGCUGUGCAAGACCAAGGAUGUGAUUUCGUCUGGCAGAGGCGCUGUGAACAGCUUGCAGAUUGAUCCCGUGGAAGCUAGAUAUAUGCUUGCUGGCAAUGGAAAUGGAUCGAUCAGUGUCUAUGACAUAUCACAGCCAACGACGGUGGAGCCUUACUCUCAAAAGCACGAAGCCCUCUUUUCUAUUGACAAAGCCCAUAGGUACUCCGUUUCAUCAGUUCGAUGGUAUCCAGUGGACACUGGAAUUUUUAUCUCUGGCUCGUUCGACAAGCAUAUAAAUGUUUGGGAUGCAAACACUCUCGAGGUGCUGAUGCAAUUCAAAAUGCCAGGGAAGGUUUUCGGUGUAAGCAUGUCACCCGUUUCUACGACUCACAUGCUUAUAGCUACAGGCACGGAGGACUAUCGCAUAAGGCUUUGCGAUAUAUCUUCUGGUGCUUUCACCCACACCCUUAGCGCUCACCGAGAUGCUGUUUGGGCGGUGAAAUGGUCUGCAUCUUCCGAAUGGAUUUUAAUUUCCGGAGGUUGUGACGGUGCGAUCCGGUUGUGGGACAUAAGACGUGCGGGUUGCUUCUAUGUUCUUGACCAGCAUCGUUCUUCUGCUUCUCAGGAAGGUAAUAGUUUCCCUCUCGUUCUCUUUUGUUUUGUCUAUUUUUUUGAAGCCACUGAAAUCAGUAGAGCAGCGAAAACUUCCAAGGAUGCCACUCCUGGACGAGUUCAUCCAGGCUUGACUUCGGCUCUGGACCGUUCCACGGCGCACUAUGGCACAGUGACAUCGCUCCAGACAAGCCGCGACGGACACUACCUUCUUAGUGCGGGCAGUGAUUCCAGAGUCAAGCUAUGGGACAUAGAAAGGGGCUGCAAUACUCUUGUGAAUUACGAGGCAACAAACAUAAACGGAAAUCUGACGUGCGAACUUGAGGUCUCUGGAGACAAGCCACUGGUGUUCGUUCCAUGUCUAACCUCGAUACAGGUGUACGAUAUGUUGAGCGGUCGCUUGCUUUCCACCUUAAAAGGACACUAUGAACUUGUAAACUGCUGUGCUUAUCACAGUCAAUCACAGGAACUCUACAGUGGAAGCAAUGAUCGUAGAAUACUCGUCUGGUCUCCAAAGCAGUCGGUUUCCGAGGACGAAGCUCUUGGAACUAUUGCGGCUCAAGUGCAAGCCGACGAGGACAAUUGGAGCGAUUGACUAAAACUAUAUUUUUUGUAACAUUAACUAACGGUUGAAUUCAACUCUUAUUUGGCC